UUUUUAGUUCUAUUCGAAGCCUUAAAGAUGCUGGUCUAUAAGCGCGAAAGUCGUAGAAUGUUGAUUGAUUUUGUAGUCUGGGCGAUUGUCUGCUGCUGUAUCUGUAUGGAAACAGCCAAGGCAGAGGAAAUGGCUAUAGUACUGAGACCCAAGCCGACGGGUGCCAUUCAAGUGUACCUCGAGCAACUAGACGAAACCAAGAACAAAAACGAACGCCGUUUAAACAAAGCAGACAAAAUGAAUAAGCAAAUUAAUUCUCUCAAAACAAAGCUAAACGAUGCGAACAAGCGUAUUAAAGGGCUAAGAGCACAGCUGGCAAGAAUGAGUAAAGCGAAUUAACUACCUCAAUGCAAACAUAAACACAAUAAAUUAACCUAUAAAUUCA